CUUGAUUUAGAAAAAGAGGUUUUCACUUCUGCUUCUCUUUGGUGUUCUUCACGGGGCAUCAGUUGGUCCGUGUAUCAAGUCGACAAUCGAUAUUGAUUACAGAUGGGGAAGCAAGGUCCUUGCUAUCACUGUGGAGUUACAAGUACACCUCUAUGGCGAAACGGGCCACCAGAGAAGCCGGUGUUGUGCAAUGCGUGUGGUUCGAGGUGGAGAACUAAAGGAUCAUUAGUAAACUACACACCUCUUCAUGCUCGUGCUGAAGGUGAUGAGAUAGAGAUUGAGGAUCAUAGAGCUCAAAGAGUGAUGAUUAAGGGAAUGUCUUUGAACAAAAAGAUUCCCAAGAGGAAACCGUAUCAAGAAAAUUUUACAGUUAAAAGAGCUAACUUGGAAUUCCAUGCCGGUUUCAAGAGGAAGGUUCUGGAUGAAGAAGCUAGCAAUAGAUCGAGUUCAGGGUCGGUUGUAUCAAACUCCGAGAGCUGUGCACAAUCUAAUGCGUGGGACGCGACGUUUCCUUGUAAGAGGAGGACAUGUGUGGGCCGUCCAAAGGCAGCUUCUUCUGUUGAAAAGCUCACAAAGGACCUCUAUACUAUUUUACAAGAACAACAAUCUUCUUGUCUCUCUGGUACUUCAGAGGAAGAUUUGCUUUUUGAGAGUGAAACACCAAUGUUGUUAGGACAUGGGAGUGUUCUUAUGAGAGAUCCUCACCCGGGUGCUCGAGAAGAGGAAUCUGAAGCUAGCUCACUCUUAGCUGAGAGCAGCAAGUCCUCAUCAGUUCAUUCUGCUAAAUUUGGUGGAAAAGCAAUAAAGCAGGAGCAACUGAAGAGAAGCAAAUCUCAAGUCUUAGGAAGACAUAGUUCACUACUCUGUAGCAUAGAUUUGAAGGACGUUUUCAACUUUGAUGAGUUCAUAGAAAAAUUCACAGAGGAAGAACAGCAAAAACUGAUGAAAUUACUUCCUCAAGUUGACUCUCUUGAUCGUCCUGAUAGCCUAAGAAGCAUGUUUGAGAGUUCUCAAUUCAAAGGGAACUUAUCCUUGUUUCAGCAACUUGUGGCAGAUGGUGUUUUUGAGACAACUUCGUCUUAUUCCUCUGGAUCAAAACUUGAAGACAUUAAGACACUUGCAAAGCUUGCUUUAUCCGAUCCUAACAAAUCCCAUUUGUUGGAAAGCUAUUACAUGCUCAAGGAACAAAGAAAAAGGACUGAAGACUCUGUUAAUACAACAUCAACGGUCUCAAACCUGAGUCCAUCAAAGAAUAAUAGUCUUGUAACUAUUGAAAGACCUUGUGAAAGCUUAAACCAAAACUUCUCAGAGACAAGAGGUGUGAUGAGAAGCCCGAAAGAAGUGGUGACGAUUAGAUCAAAGCACAUUGAAACUGAAGAGAUUUUAGAGAACAGUGUCUCUUCCUUUAAACCUAUUAGCUGUGGUGGACCUCUGGUGUUUAGCUAUGAAGAAAAUGAUAUUUCUGAUCAGGAUCUCCUUCUUGAUGUGCCGUCGAACGGCUCAUUCCCUCAAGCAGAGCUUCUUCACAUGAUAUGAAAGAAGAUAAAAUUUCUCAAACUCAUUGGUGUUUCUCAGAACAAAGACUAAGACUUUUUAAGAUAUAUAUCUCCUGUUCAAGAGAACUCUUUUGCUCUUUAGGCUUUAAAGAGAAAAUGUGGCCAAAUGAGAAUUUUCUGCACUAGAAAUUGCAAUUUGCAGAUAUAAAGAAGUAAGGAUUUU